GUGAAGUUUUUGAACCCAGAACGGCUGAUUCGUCUCCGGUUCCGUCCGAGGACAUCAUGGUGACCCCGAGUCCGAAUCGGCCCCGAACCACCGAGGACCUUUUUGCCGCCAUACACAGGUCAAAGCGGAAGGUCCUGGGUCGCAGAGAGUCUGAAGAAGACAAGUCCCGGGCUGGGAGCCAAUCACAGUCCCCACCUUCCACCCCCACCAGCUCGUCUCCUGGGACGGGGUCCCCCCUGCCCCGACAGACCGGCUCCAUCCAGCGAAACCUCCGCAAGUCCUCCACCAGCAGCGACACCUUCAAGGCCYUGCUCCUGAGAAAGGGCAGCCGCUCCGAGACCAGCUUCAGGAUGUCCGCCGCCGAGAUGCUCCGCUCCACCGACCCCCGCUUCCAACGGACCCGCUCGGAGAGCGCGCUAGACCCCCCCGCCUCGCCCUCCAGCCCCUCCGCCUCCCCCGGCCGAGGCAGGAGGGCGACGGACGCGGAGUGGAACCGCUGCGACGCCUUCACGCCGUCCUCGCCGACGUCCUCGCCCUACUCGAGGUACGGACGCCCUCGCAUCCCGCCGUCCGCCGCCAGCAGCAAGUACAACACCCGGAGCCGGAUCCUCAGCAGCCCCAUGACGGUGAUCUGCGAGCGGGAGGGGGAGCUGGCCGAGAGCGAGUACGGCGACAUGGCGGAGAGUCCGUCCGGACCCGCGGUCCCGACCCUCCCGGCGCUCAAAGACUCCACCGGCACAUGAUGAGCUGAGGUCACGCAUGGCGUAAGCAGGCAGGGGGGCUGGAAUGAGCCAGCAGAGACGCCUUCUCGAGCCCCGCCCCUCUUCUCGACGCUGCUGCUGAAGGAGCGGCGUCGUGAUGCCCAGAGGUCGCCUCAGUAGACCGCAGAACAGCCUGAGGUGGAGAACUGGUUCUGCUCCUGUUAACUGAUCCUUUCUGUUCAAAGUCAGCUCUUUAGAGUCCCGUGUCUUUUGUUUGUUCUGCUUUUCACUGGAUUUUCCCUCCAGUUUCUUCCAAGGACUGAACUCAGAACACAAACUCAAAGUUCCAGGUGUUGGCCUCGAAAAGUGAUCGAAAGCAGCACGAGCGUCUCAGAAACCUGGAAAGUUCUGGAGGAUGUGGUACGACAGACAGAAAGCUCCUCGGUACGAACUUCAGCGGCAUUUCCAACGGCUUUCUGCUCGUUUUCACUUCUUUUUAGUCGUUUCGAUUUGACAGGAGGCUCAGUGCUGCCACCUAGUGACAGGAUCAGGGACGACUUUACAAAACUAAAGCAGCAAAAUUAUUGUAUGAAAAGAACGAUCAAAUCUGAAUUUUUCUUUUUUUUUUUUGUAGCUUUUGCACUGUGCAUAGAAAUGUUUGUUUUAAUGAGUUUUACGAGUUUGAACCUGUAAAUGUACAAAAGAAAGAAUCUUAUUUUAUUGUUCAGGUCUUUUAGUUUUCCUGUGGGUAACCAAAGAGUUUAAAGAAAAUAAACCGUUCUGACACCACGUGAUGCUUCACGUCUGCUGAGAGGAUCUGUUAGAACUUUAUGGUGCUUAAGUGAUUUCUGUAAUGGUUUUAUAACAUUUCUUUUCCUUUUCUAUAUAGAUCUGUUGUAAAUAGAGAAGUCUGAAGUGAUUUUACUUUUAGAAUUUGUACAUUUUUUAGAGCCUUGUUUGUUAAGGGUAGUGGUUUCCUUUUUUUAUAUAGAUUAUUUAUUUUCUCAUAGCAGGGCAUCAGUUUAGUGAAUCAGGAAGUUCAUGGAGGACACAGAACCAAAUGAGACGUGCAGAGAAUUAAAAAAAGCCACAUUUACCAUCAGAUUAUUUUUUUGCUUCAAAGAUGCAAUAAAGUCGAUAUUUACAGCUUCAUCUCCCUCUGGUGCUCACAGCUGAGUAAACGAGGGUCCUUUUAGGUUUAUAAACGGGGGCUGACAGGCGUGAGACAUAGCGGUCGUAACACCGGUUUAAUCGUUUGUGACCAAAAACUACAAGCCCCCCGGCUCCUGACUGGUUGUGAUUGAGCACCCGGCUCCGGUUUGGGAACAGAUUGAUGGACAGAUAAAGAAGAAGUGGGAGUGGAGGCGGGCUGCUGACGCUCUUCUGUAUGUCUAAUAAAAACAACAAAAAUCAGAGAUAUUUAAA